AUGGCAAAGAAAAGCACACCGUGGUCGAUUGACGAGGUUACGACGUUCCUCCAUCUGAUAGCAGAUGACAAAAUCCAGCGGGAGCUCGACGGCACAACUCGCAACCUCAAAGUUUUUCAGGAGGUCUCUGCACUGUUGUCCGUACGCGGAUAUGCAAGGACUUUCCAGCAGUGUAGGGACAAACUGAAAAAGCUUAAGAGUGAGUAUCGAGCCGUCAAGGACCACAACGGCCGGAGUGGUUCAGAUAGGAGAAGCUGGAAGUGGUUCGACCUGAUGAACGAUAUUUAUGGCCGUAGACCGGCCAGCGUUGGGAGGGAGGGAGGCCUGGACUCUGCAACCGCGUUGCUGUUGUCCCUGCAUGGCAAGAGGAAACGAGGAGGAGACGAGCACCUAGCACAGGAGGAACGGCACCAUGUACGGAACCUGGACCAGGUGGAACGGAACCUGGCCCAGGUGGAUCGGCACUGGCAGCUGACCAUGGAGGCUACUGCCCGGGCAAUGCAGGAGGAAAUGGCCUUGAGAAGGGAGGAGAACGCUCAAACUCAGGCAUUUAACUUAGCCUUCCUGCGCACUCUUGGCCAGGUUGUGGACAGCCGACGUGGCCCGUCUCUUCAGGAAGACGAACCACCUCUGUAAUUGCCACAU